AUGGGAGGCAAGCCGAGCAGCCCAGUGUAUGAUGGCAGGACUCGGGCUUAUUCCAGCUCAGAUCUUCCGUCUGGAAACUCCAGCGGCGGAGGGUUCAGAUACACGAACGGCCCAGACGGCCCUCGGAUUCGGUACACGGGAGGCAGCCUCAUGAGCUCCGCGGUCAGCAUACAGGCUGCGCGGACAGGCGCUGUUUUCACGCAGAGUGUGGAUGGCACAGAUGGUGACCACGAGGGCCCCCCCGAGGGUCACCGGCUGUUCAUUGGCUCUUUGCCGGCUCAACUCAACUCUCACCUGCUGGGAGGCUUCCACUGCCCUGUUUGCUCCAAGUUUAUGGCCACAGACGAGAUCGAGAAGCACCUGCUCAUGUGCUUCAGCAAAACACGCCUCGUCUACAACAAGGACAUCCUGUCCAGAGACUCGGGGGAGUGUGCCAUAUGUUUGGAUGAAAUGGAGCAGGGGGACACGAUUGCUCGGCUGCCCUGCCUCUGCAUCUAUCACAAAGGGUGCAUAGAUGAAUGGUUUGAGGUGAAUCGCUCAUGUCCAGAGCACCCUGCGGACUAA